ACAGGCACAUCCUCCGGCUUCGGCCGACGCCUGGUCGAAAUCGCGCUCGCGCGGGGCGACCGCGUCCUCGCAUCCGCGCGCGACCCAUCCAAACUCACCUUCCCUUCCAACCCCUCCCUGCGCACGCUCGCACUCGACCUCAACGCAGGCUUCGCCGCGAUCCAAGCUGCCGUAGACGGCGCAGUCGCAGCGUGCGGAUGGGACACCGUCGACGUGCUCGUGAACAACGGCGGUAUCGGGCUGCCGGGCUAUCUCGAGGAAGGCGGGUCGGCGCGGCUGAUGCAGCAGUUUCAGACGAAUGUGUUUGGGCCGCUGGAUGUGACGAAUGCGGUGUUGCCGUAUAUGCGGAAACGUGACGGGACAGUUGUCAUGAUCGGCAGCCGAAGCGCCUGGCGGCCAGAAAUCAGGGUACGCGCGCCCCUCCACGCACUCACCGAAUGCCUCACCGUCGAAAUCGCGCCCUUCGGCAUCCGCACGCUCCUCGUCGAACCCGGCGCGUUCCGCACCGAAAACAUCUACGGCCAACACUUCCUCUCCCCGUCCACACACCCCGCCGACUUCAGCACGGGCGGCACAGCGCGCGACAUCCCCGACUACGCGGUCACGCGCGACGCGGACAUCGCCAAGUUCGCUGCGCCCUCGGGCAAGCAGCCUGGGGACCCGGAUAAGGCCGCGAGGGCGAUCGUGGACGUUGUGAGAGGGGAGGGCGUCGCGGAGGGGAGGGAGUGGCCGAUGUAUCUUGUGCUUGGGACGGACGCGGACGAUAAUAUCAGGGAGAAGGUCGGGAAGGUGAUCAAGGAUAUCGAUGAGUGGCGGGAUGUCGUGCGCGGGGUUGGGUUCGAGCCUGAUCCGAAGGGUCAGGCGCCGGUGGCGAACGGGCACGCUGUUGCGGCGCCAUCGAAGGGGGAGGAAGAGGAUAGAGAGGAGAAGAAGAAGAGGAAAAGUGGGUGUAUCAUUGCAUGA